AUGUCGAUUGAUAUCAACUGGGACACCAUCACAGGCGGUGCAGAGGGCUCCGCGCGUGCUGAGACAAUACGCGCCUUCAUCCACGACCGGUUUCAGCAGGUGACGCUGCCACGCUUCAUCCGCUCAGUUCACGUGCACUCAUUCGACUUCGGCAGCGUACCCCCGGAGAUUGAGAUUAAAGACAUAUGCGACCCACUACCUGACUUUUACGAGGAUGAUGAGGACUACCCAGACGAACAAGGGGACGGGCCAGAGGAAGGCGACACGCAGCAUGACGCCAAGUCACGCGACUCCAGCAACCCACCCAGUCGUUCACGAAGGGAUAGCCAUUCUAGGGAACGAGGCCGAGAGGUAGACUUGGAGGAACACACUCCCAUUCAGACCAGGUUACGCCCUUUUCAACCUCUUCCUCGGCCAUCCACGAAACGCGCGUCAUUGGCUCCCAACGAACUAGGCAGCCCAUUCUUUCAUGGAGCACUCACGCCAGGCAUCCCUGGUGGCACCUCCAAUAUGAACUACUUCCAUCUACCUUUGAGUGCAGGUCUCUCCGGCGCUACCACGCCUCUUGCUGCUGUAGCUGGUGCCCAAUUGCAUAAUUGGCUUGAGAACCCUCACGGUCGGCCAACUACGCCAACAAAUAUGCGUCUGCGGAACGCAGCGUCCAUGAACUCGCUAACCCUCACACCGCAAUCUCACCCAGAUCCAAGUUCAAGGCCUUCCUCAAGGCACCAACAGGACGAGGGAAAGAGGCCGUCCUUUGCCGGAUCAGACGACGGUACUUCUCAGCAUAGCUAUGCGCGGACACCGUCUGCGUCUCCUCACCGCAUGCGUGAGAAGAGUCCUGAUGACAUACAAGUUGUGACACAUGUGCAAUACUCUGGCGACAUCAAAAUGUCACUGACAGCGGAAAUCCUGUUGGAUUACCCGAUGCCAAGCUUUGUCGGCAUUCCUCUUAAGCUAAACAUCACCGGACUCACCUUUGACGGUGUUGCGAUAUUGGCAUACAUAAAAAAGCGGGCCCAUUUCUGUUUCUUGUCACCAGAUGACGCAGAUGCUCUAGUCGGCGGCGAGACCGGCUUCAACGGCCUUCAAACAGACGCACAAGGCCAAAACCCGCGGCCUGUGCAACGACCCAAGAUCGGAGGUCUGCUGGAAAACAUCAAAGUCGAAAGCGAGAUAGGUGGCCAGGGCAGUGGAAAGCAGGUCCUCAAGAACGUCGGGAAGGUGGAGUCUUUCGUGCUGGAGCAGGUCAGGCGCAUCUUCGAAGAUGAGUUUGUCUAUCCAAGCUUCUGGACGUUCCUCGUUUAG